AAGCGAAGGGUGCAAAGGAACGUGAAAGUAAAACGGACGGUGGCGAUAGAAGCGUCUCUCAUCUCCAUCGUCUCCUCACUCCUCUCUUCUCCAGCGUUCAUUUUUUCUCGCGCCCAAAUACAAAAUCACAUCACAACAGGGUUCCGGCGACCAUGUCCGAUGCUCCGGCGAGUCCAUGCGGCGGCGGCGGCGGAGGCAGCCACGAGAGCGGCGAGCACAGUCCCCGCUCCAAUUUCCGCGAGCAGGACCGCUUCCUCCCCAUCGCCAACAUCAGCCGCAUCAUGAAGAAAGCGCUUCCUCCCAACGGGAAAAUCGCCAAGGACGCCAAGGAAACCGUGCAGGAAUGCGUCUCCGAGUUCAUCAGCUUCGUCACCAGCGAAGCGAGCGAUAAGUGUCAGAGAGAGAAGAGGAAGACCAUCAACGGCGACGAUUUGCUUUGGGCUAUGACCACUUUAGGUUUCGAGGAGUAUAUUGAUCCGCUCAAGGUUUACCUCGCCGCUUACAGAGAGAUUGAGGGUGAUUCAAAGGGUUCGGCCAAGGGUGGAGAUGCAUCUGCUAAGAGAGAUGUUUAUCAGAGUCCUAAUGGCCAGGUUGCUCAUCAAGGUUCUUUCUCACAAGGUGUUAAUUAUACGAAUUCUUAGCCCCAGGCUCAACAUAUGAUAGUUCCGAUGCAAGGCCAAGAGUAGAUAUUGAUCCUCUCCUUCAGUGUUUGACAUGUGUGAUCUAAAUGCCAGUGGAACUUUUAUGUCAAUAUGUGCCCUUGGUAUAUUGAAUGCAUUUUAUGUUAUGUAAACACUACAUGCGGGGAUGUUGGUUCUUGUGACCAGAUAUUAUUUAUUAAGACUUACAUUUAUCUUUGGAAAAGAAUCAUUAUUCAUAAGUUAUAUUGUAAAUUCUGGAACAAUGCUUGUCUGAUUCCAUCAAUCGUCCUGGUAACGAUUUUAUGUACCUGAUUGGAAGCAUAAAUUGGUAUAUUCUUUCCCUUCGUUGUCUGUUAUACUA